AUGAGGCGGACGCUGGUGAUCAGUCCUGGGGAGGCAGCUGUGGCCACAGCCAGCGUCUCCUGCCGCUACUUCAAGUGUGCCCUCCGCUUCCUGUCCCAGCACGUCUACGUCAUCACCGGGGUGGCCGUCACAGGCACAAGCUUCCUGAUCUUACGGAACUGGCUGGCGGGAGGUGUCUGCCACUGCACCAAGCGGAUGGAUGGGAAAACCGUGAUCAUCACCGGAGCCAACAGGGGGAUCGGGAAGGAGACGGCUCGAGAACUGGCGAGGAGAGGAGCGCGUGUGAUCCUGGCCUGCCGGGACCUGGAACGUAGCGAGCAGGCGGCCGAGGAGCUGCGGAUCAGCACCGGUAACGAGGGCGUCGUGGUGUCCCGUUUGGACCUGGCCUCGCUCGAGUCCGUGCGCUGCUUCGUCAGGGACAUGGCUGAGACCGAGGGCAAGAUCGACAUCCUGAUCAACAACGCAGGGGCUCCCAUUGGACCGAGACAGGUGACAGAGGACGGCUUCGAACUCCAGAUCGGGGUCAACCACUUUGGUCACUUCUUGCUAACCAUCCUCCUGCUGGAUCAGCUGAAGUCCAGUGCGCCGAGCCGAAUAAUCAACGUCUCCAGCCGAGCCCACAGCAUCGGCAAGAUUCGCUUCAACGACAUCAACAUGAAGGACAGCUACGAUUCACUGGUGUCCCACUGCCAGAGCAAGUUGGCCAACAUCCUCUUCACCCGCGAGUUAGCUCAGCAACUGCAAGGGACUGGAGUAACCGUGAAUGCGGUACACCCUGGCAUGGUCUGGACAGACAUGGUCAGUUGCAUGAUGCAUCAUCAACCUCUCUUGGUCCGUUUGAUUGUGGCUCCAUUCUACUUCUGCCUGAAAACACCCAAGCAAGGAGCCCAGACCAGCAUCCACUGCGCUGUGGCACCCGAACUGGAAGGGGUCACUGGACAGUACUUUAGUGACUGCAUGGUGAGAGAGGUUUCCUACUACGCCCAGGACGACUGUACGGCUAAGGCCCUGUGGGACCUGAGUAUCGAAAUGGUGCGCUUGGAGAUCUCACCGAGCACCAUCAACGACAGUCUGUACUGGUCGAUGUCACACCUGAUCCGAGGGACCAAUGUCAAGAAGAACCGCAUUUGCGUUUAUUGA